AUGGCUCUCCCUUUAACCCCCGCACAUCGCAGAUCCGUCGUUAUCGCGUUCGCAACUGUGCUCUUUGUGUGCUACUUUAUGACUAUUGGGCACGAAGACAACUACUCGUCUUUCAAAAGCUUGUCCACGCAAUGGUCGGCGUCAAAGGACACCACAGUUGUUGUGGAUGUCAAACAGUCGAACGAGACCCCACCACAGUUGGCUUCUUCAUCAGAGAGCAAACCGUUGCCCUCCCUUGGAAAUAUCAGUUCAUAUGUCUCUUCCCCUCCCCGCAGAGCUAAUGCUACAUUGGUGAUGCUGGCGCGUAAUACUGAUCUCAACGGCGUCAUAUCAAGUGUAGAACAGCUGGAGGCGAGGUUCAAUCGCAAGUUCAAUUAUCCCUGGGUGUUUUUGAACGACGAGCCCUUCUCCACCGACUUCAAAAGGCAUGUCGCGUCACUAUCUAGCGCAGUUGAUGUAUCUUUUGGGUUGAUUCCUCGCGAGUCAUGGGUCCAGCCGGACUGGAUAGAUGAAGGAAAAGCUCAGGAAGGACGCAAUAAGCUAGCAGUGUUUCGUGCUUACCGUAACAUGUGUCGGUUUAACUCAGGGUUCUUUUUCAACCAUGAACUCUUAACGCCAUAUAAAUGGUACUGGAGAGUGGAACCCGACGUCCGAUACUACUGUGACCUGGAUUACGACCCCUUUCUAUUCAUGGAAGAUCGGGAUAAAGUUUAUGGCUUUACGAUCUCUAUGCCAGAAUGGGAACCAACUAUACCCUCGCUGUGGUCCACGGUGAAAAACUUCGUCGCGGAACACCCUCAAUACGUGUCACCAGACAACUCGAUGGAUUUUCUAUCUGAUAAUUCAGGCGAUUCUUACAACAUGUGUCACUUUUGGUCAAACUUCGAGAUUGCAGAUAUGGAUUUCUGGAGGAGCGAAGCUUACACGAAAUUUUUCGAGUACCUUGAGAAUACAGGAGGAUUUUAUUAUGAGAGAUGGGGAGACGCACCCGUUCAUAGCAUCGCCGCGGCCUUAUUUACGCGCAAAGAUCAAAUACAUUUCUUUAAGGAUAUAGGAUAUAAACACGCCGAAUUUGCCCAUUGUCCCCAAGGGAAACAAUGGCGAGAAGGACACUGCUCGUGCGAUCCAAACGAUAACUUCGAUUUUGCGCAAAACUCGUGCCUGAGACACUUCAUGCGGUUGCACGAUUAG